UUUUAUUAAAAUGACUGUCGUAAGAAAUACGGAAAAACGUGACGGUGUAGUUCGACAAAGAGUAAAAAAAUGUUUCAAAAACGUUUGUAGUGCAAAAUCUGUGAAAGCACGCGUACCUAUCAUACAAUGGCUACCAAAGUACAAUAUAACUUUACUGAUUCAAGAUAUAAUAGCUGGAAUUACUGUUGGACUAACCGCUAUACCUCAAGGUAUCGCUUAUGCUGUAGUAGCUGGACUACCCCCGGAAUAUGGUCUAUACGCAGGAUUAAUGGGAGGAUUCGUAUAUCUAUUUUUCGGAAGUUGCAAGGACAUUACAGUUGGACCAACAGCAAUCAUGGCAGCAAUGACAGCAAAAUAUGUUUCUGGCUAUUCAGCUGAUUAUGCUGUGCUUGCGGCUUUUCUAUCUGGAUGGGUUAUACUAGCAAUGGGGGUAAUGAAUCUUGGAUUUUUAGUUGAAUUUAUAUCAAUGCCUGUCAUCAGUGGAUUUACAACAGCGGCAGCUCUUCAAAUAGCAUCAGCUCAAUUGAUUUCUUUAUUUGGUUUAAAUGGCCCGUCUGGAAAUUAUUUUGCAGAAUCAGUAUUGAAUUUCUUAAAAAAUAUUUAUUCAUUUAAUAUACGGGAUUCUGUUCUGGGAAUAGUUACUAUAAUUAUUUUAUUAGGAUUAAAACGACUUGGAGAUGGCUGCUGUCGUAAUGAUAAAUUAAGUAAACAAAUUCGGUGGUUUGUGUCUCUUGGUCGUAACGCAGUUGUUGUAAUUAUCGGUAUAAUCGUUGCAUAUAUUAUAAAAACGGUUACUGGUAAUGAAUCUUUGAAAUUAAUUGGAGAAAUUGGAAGUGGUUUACCUAAAAUUCAACUGCCACCGUUCAGAACUGUCGUUGGAAAUGAAACCCACAAUUUUAGUGAUAUGGUCCAAAAUUUAGGACCACAAUCUAUAAUUUUACCUUUAGUCGCUAUUUUAGAAUUGGUAGCAAUUGCUAAAGCGUUUGCUGGAGGAGCUCCAAUAAAUGCAACGCAAGAGAUGAUUGCUCUCGGAUUAUGUAACAUAAUAGGAUCAUUUGCAUUGAGCAUGCCAACUACAGGCUCUUUCACUCGAACUGCCUUGAACAAUGCUUCUGGAGUGCAAACACCGGCAGGAGGAAUUUUCACAGCCCUUCUUAUAAUUUCGGCUCUAAGUCUACUAACUUCAACAUUCUACUAUAUACCAAAGGCUUCAUUAGCCGGUUUGAUAAUAACAGCAAUGUUUUCUAUGAUUGAUUACAAAAUAUUAGGAAGACUUUGGAAAACCAGUAAAAAAGAACUCAUAUUAUUAAUUACUACAAUAUGUAUAUGUUUAUCUCUUGGUCUAGAAUACGGUAUUGUAGCGGGUGUUGUUAUUGAUGCUCUCCUGUUACUUUUUUCAAGUGCUAGACCGCCUAUAAUAGUAAGCACUCUCAGUGCAACUAAGGGAAACGUGAUCGUAAUCACACUGCCAGAAUGUUUGAAUUAUUGUGCUGCAGAUCAUCUAAGAAGAGAGAUAUUAAAAGCAUCCGUAGACGCUGAAUCCGAUUCACUUAUUAUAGUGGAUGGAAUGAAUUUACAACACAUGGAUACAUCAGUGGCAUCAAAUCUCAUGUCAGUAAUAAAAGACGUAGAAAUAAAGUGUGUGCAAAUAUUGUUUUUAAAUUUUGAUGUUUCUUUAAAGGAGAUGUGCACAAUCAUUAACUCGAAUCACAGCAAUAAAUUUCUUUCAGCUGACAAAAGCAAUAUAGAAGAUAUCAUAGCGGUAUCUGUACAGAAUACUGUUUAAUUUAUAUUGUGUGGACAAGGUGAAUUUUAUUAUAAUAUGAGCGUUUCAUAAAAACUUUCUUUUUAAGUAAGAUUGUAAUACUCAUUUCAGCAAAAUCAAUUGCACUACUGGUU